AAACAGCCCAAGCGCUGCCCCCGAGGCAGGCUUUGCCAGACAAGCCCACCUGACGGCGCCGCACGGUUGGUGCGGGUGAAGUCGAGUUUGGCGUGGGAGGCUGGGGCUGGGGAGGAGGCUGCUGCUCGCCGCUACGGCCCCGUGACGGGCCCGCGCCAGCCCGGGAGAGAGGCUCCGCUGCCAGUUGGUGUAAUCAGAUGUCCGAUAUGCCGCCAAGAAUGCAGACAGAUUGAUCUGGUGGAUAACUACUUUGUAAAAGACACAUCAGAAACACCAAGCAGCUCCGAUGAGAAGUCAGAACAGGUGUGUACAAGCUGUGAAGAUAAUGCUAGUGCUGUUGGAUUUUGUGUAGAGUGCGGGGAGUGGUUGUGCAAGACUUGCAUAGAAGCGCAUCAGCGAGUAAAAUUUACUAAAGAUCAUAUGAUCAGGAAAAAAGAGGAUGUAUCUUCAGAGGCCGUGGGAGCAUCUGGUCAACGUCCUGUUUUCUGUCCUGUCCACAAACAAGAGCAGUUAAAACUUUUCUGUGAAACAUGUGACAGGCUGACAUGCAGAGACUGUCAGUUACUGGAACACAAAGAACACAGGUAUCAGUUUCUGGAAGAAGCUUUUCAGAACCAGAAGGGUGCAAUUGAGAACCUGUUGGCCAAACUUCUUGAGAAGAAGAAUUAUGUAAAUUUUGCAGCUACCCAGGUUCAGAAUAGGAUAAAAGAAGUAAAUGAAACUAACAAACGAGUAGAACAGGAAAUCAAAGUGGCUAUAUUCACCCUCAUCAAUGAAAUCAAUAAAAAGGGAAAAUCUCUCUUACAGCACCUUGAGAAUGUAACAAAGGAGAGACAGAUGAAGUUAAUACAACAACAAAAUGACAUCAGUGGUCUCUCACGACAAGUGAAGCAUGUGAUGAACUUUACUAAUUGGGCUAUUGCAAGUGGCAGCAGUACUGCUUUGCUAUACAGUAAACGGCUGAUAACAUUCCAGUUACGUCAUAUCUUAAAGGCACGGUGUGAUCCUGUCCCAGCUGCCAAUGGAGCAAUACGCUUCCAUUGUGACCCUACAUUCUGGGCAAAGAACGUCGUCAAUUUAGGUAACCUUGUCAUUGAAAAUAAACCCACUCCUAGUUACACUCCUAAUGUAGUGGUUGGACAAGCUCCUCCAGGAACAAACCACGUCAACAAAGCCCCAGGACAAAUCAAUCUAGCGCAGCUUCGACUUCAGCAUAUGCAGCAGCAAGUGUAUGCACAAAAGCAUCAGCAGCUGCAGCAGAUGAGGAUGGGGCAGCCAGCUGGGUCAGUUCCCAGGCAGUCGAGUCCACAAAUCUUACAGCAGCAGCCUCCCAGGUUGAUCAGCAUGCAGACCAUGCAGAGGGGUAACAUGAACUGUGGGGCUUUCCAAGCACAUCAGAUGAGAAUGGCUCAGAAUGCUGCUCGUAUACCAGGAAUACCACGCCACAAUGGACCACAAUACUCCAUGAUGCAACCUCACCUUCAAAGACAAGUUUCUAACCCUGGGCAUGCGGGGCCUUUUCCAGUUGUUUCUGUGCACAACACCACUAUUAAUCCAACUAGUCCUACUACAGCAACAAUGGCAAGUGCAAACCGUGGUCCAACAAGUCCGUCCAUUACAGCAAUCGAACUCAUUCCUUCUGUAACAAACCCAGAGAAUUUACCUUCUCUGCCGGAUAUCCCACCCAUCCAGCUUGAAGAUGCUGGUUCAAGUAAUUUAGAUAACCUUCUAAGUAGAUACAUUACAGGCAGCCACCUACCCCCACAACCUACAAGUACCAUGAAUCCCUCCCCAGGACCUUCAGCUCUAUCUCCAGGGUCAUCAGGUUUGUCCAACUCCCACACUCCUGUGAGGCCACCAAGUACCUCCAGCACAGGUAGCAGAGGAAGCUGUGGCUCCUCGGGCAGAACUGCUGAGAAAACUGGCAUUAACUUCAAGUCUGACCAAGUGAAAGUCAAGCAAGAGCCAGGGACAGAGGAAGAGAUAUGCAGUUUCUCAGGAACAGUAAAACAGGAAAAAACAGAGGAUGGCAGAAGGAGUGCUUGCAUGCUUAGCAGUCCUGAGAGCAGCUUGACACCACCACUGUCCACGAACUUGCAUCUGGAAAGUGAAUUAGAAGCAUUAGGAAGUCUUGAAAAUCAUGUAAAAACUGAACCAGCAGAUUUAAGUGAGAGUUGCAAACAGUCUGGACAUAACCUUGUAAAUGGAAAAUCCCCGGUGAGGAGCCUAAUGCACCGAUCAGCUAGAAUUGGAGGAGAAGGCAAUAACAAAGAUGAUGAUCCAAAUGAAGACUGGUGUGCUGUAUGCCAAAACGGAGGGGAUCUGUUAUGUUGUGAAAAGUGCCCAAAGGUGUUUCACCUUACUUGCCACGUACCAACACUCCUCAGCUUUCCAAGUGGAGAGUGGAUAUGCACAUUCUGCAGAGAUCUGAGCAAACCAGAAGUAGAGUAUGAUUGUGACAAUUCACAACACAGCAAGAAAGGGAAAACAGCACAAGGCCUGAGUCCUGUGGACCAAAGGAAAUGUGAACGUCUCCUGCUUUACCUGUAUUGUCAUGAGCUGAGCAUUGAAUUUCAAGAGCCAGUCCCAGCCUCGAUACCAAACUACUAUAAAAUUAUAAAGAAACCAAUGGAUUUAUCUACAGUGAAAAAGAAACUGCAAAAGAAGCAUUCCCAACACUAUCAGACUCCUGAGGAUUUUGUGGCAGACGUCCGGUUGAUCUUCAAGAACUGUGAAAGGUUUAAUGAAAUGAUGAAAGUUGUUCAAGUUUAUGCAGAAACACAAGAGAUUAAUUUGAAGGCUGAUUCAGAAGUAGCGCAGGCAGGGAAAGCAGUUGCAUUAUACUUUGAAGAUAAACUUACAGAGAUCUACCCAGACAGGACCUUCCAGCCUUUGCCUGAAUUUGAACAGGAGGAGGAUGAUGGUGAAAUAACUGAGGACUCCGAUGAAGAUUUUAUACAACCACGUAGAAAACGCCUAAAAUCAGAUGAGAGACCAGUGCAUAUAAAGUAAUCUAAUGAUAUGGACCUAAAAUUUAUUGUAAAAACUGUUAUUUAAGUGUUCCUGGAAUAUUAUCAUGCCUACAGUGGUCAUCUUGAAGAAGCUGAUAGCUUUUUAAACAGUAUUAGAUUACAAAAAAACACUUGUACAGAAAAGCAUUCUCAUCAAAGGGGGAAAAAAUGUAUUGUAAAUUUCUGGUUGGGUCUUUUUUCCCUUGAUUAUUUGCUAUAUUCUUUCUUUUCCUGAUGGAGGGGACACACUCAUCCUGGUCUCACAGAUAGAGGUGGACGAAUGUUGAAGAGAAGCAGAUUUGAUAAGAGAUAUUCCGUGUACAGAUAAGGCUGCUUAGUGAAAUGCUCUGCAGGACUGGACCAAUACCCUUACUGUACCUUGUGUUCACGCUGGACUGCAGUGUAAACUGUGAGCAACGCUCCUGAAAUCCCCUCUUCGUGUGAACUUAAGUGCGUGUUGCUUUUAUCAUCUCAUUUAAGUGGUAUUGUGAAUAACUGAUCUUCUGUGUUGAUUCAAUUAUCUAAAUUUGACUUUCUUUACUACAUUUUAUGUAUAGCAAAAGGAAAAAAGAAUCAUUAAACUGUUCUGAAUUGGCAAGUGCAGGAGUGUGAGUUCUUGUCAGCUGAAAGACUACACUGGUGGCAACAGUCCCUUUUCAGUAGGGCUGGUGUAUUCCUUAUGAAUCCUGUGCACAGAACAUUUUAAUGGCGUUCAAGUCUUAGCGUUGUGCCACCUGCCCCUCAUCCCCCUAAUGAGGCAGAAUGUUAUCUCCAGUGUUCAUUGUCUAACUUUCUGUACUUAAAUAUAGACUGAAGAGGUAAUAACUGGUCGGGGUGUUUUUCCAGUCUUCCUAAAUAUCAGUUUCUAACAGACCACUCGGCAAACAAUAACCUAUUAACUACCAAAUGUGUAAAAUUUCCUGUAUUCACUUUGUCUUAUUUGUAAAUAGUGAACUGAGAUUUCUUGCAGAUCAGCAACAUUUGCUGAACUGUUUUUAAGCUAAUAUGUAUUCUUAUUAAUUGUUCCUAUCAAGAAAAGAUUUGUAAUAUAUGCUAUUUCUAACAUUGCAUUCAUUUUGAGGUUCUGUCUUAUUUUUAUUGGAGUACUACUCAAAACUUCCUUCAGAAGCAGCUUAUGAGCAAAAUGUCGAGAAAGAUGGGAGUAAAUCUGUUGCAAUUGGGUCACGUGUCCAUCCAUCGAACGAAGCACUUGCACAGAGCGGGAUUUGGCUUUGAGUGGUUUUUGGUCAAAUGUUGAAAAGAGAGCAAUUUCUCCAACCCCGUGGCAGGCACAUCUGUGGUGCCUUCCCAUUGCACACUGCUGUCGUUCCAGCAUUUCUGGUCAGAAAUGAGGUUAUCGCAAAGUAAUUAUGGUUUGAACUAAUUGUAGUUGUUUCCUUUACUGACAGAAAUCAGCACUAGAGAUAAUAAAUGUCAUUUUUGGCCUUCAUACAGAUCUUGUUAAAGUAAGAUGAAGAAAUCAUGUAAUCGGAUGAGGUCAAGUCUAUAAAUCUGCGAUAAGAUUUUGUGUGAAUAUAGCGGUUCUGUGGUAAAUCACUGGGGUUUUGGUGUAUUUGACAUGAGCAAUUCCUGUGACGUUGUAUACACUUGACAGUAAUGGUAAAGAUGAGUAUUUUAGCACAAUGUAUCAAACUGAAAUACGCUCUCAGCAAUUUUUAUGCAAACCACUUGCGAUUUCAUUUCUUUUUAUAAGAACACAGUAUAUGUGCAUUGUGACUCUCCCUCUCAUAAUAAAUGAGGGGACUGAAGGUAUUUGUAACAUCAAGCUCACUUCUUUAGAUUAUGCAGAUGUUACUCUUAAACUGUUUUCUUUUAAUUUCUCAGAUACUAACAUAAUGCCAGUUUAAAUUUAUUUUUUACCAGUUUGUAUGGGAAAGGAAAAGUAAUUCUACUUAAACCCAUUAAAUUGAUAAAUAGCAGAAACGUUGCCCAUAGAAAGGAUCACACGUGUGAAUAGGACGCCAAUAGUAACCAGGGAUCAUUUAAUGGCUCAGUGUGUUGCCUAUUUAUGCAUUUCUAGUUUCUCAGCUUCACUUUGCAAAGGAAUAUUAUUAAAUUUAUCAUGAAAAUGAGAUUUUGUGAAUUCUCUUCAAUUGGGAUUACUAUUUUCAUAAGCACUCUAGGUUCUAUACCUUCAGGCCUCAACUUUUUAACUGUUCACUUUGUAAGGCACCAGCCAUGGAUUCAAGUCCUGCAGAUCCCCACUGCCUGACAUGGAGCACAGGACCAGCUUGAUGGCAUCCUGGGCUGGGUCACAGCGGGGCAAGGACCAUGCCUCACAGCUGCGGUUCAGAAGGGUGCCGGCUGUUUGCCACCCAGACCCCAGGUACCAGACUCCAGAGCAGCCCUCUAAAUGUUCCGAGAGCGCCUCUCUGCUUUUUUCUGCCAAGGUAGACAAGUUGUCAAACAUUGUAGGCUGGCGGCUUAGCCUGUAUCCCACUCACUCACCUGCCAACCACAAGUGAUGCCAAGCUUUGACCCUGAUGAGAGUUCAAGCUCUACUCUUGCACAUAGCCCACUGAACUUCUAGAGUGGUCCUUCCAUUCAGCUCAUCAGGGCUGAGGAUCGUGUUACCUGGCAUUUUGACUUGCGCGCAAGAAAGCUUGUGUGUUUCUGUUUCUUUUUUUGUUGUUGUUGUUUUAUAAAAGAAACAAAACAAUGUUCUCUUCCCCCCUCCCCUUCAUUUUGGAACUCCGGAUACAACAUUCAAUGAGUGUUUUGAAAUCAGCUAAGUUCUAUUCAAAAAUAUUUGAAAGGGUAGAUGAGCUCAGCUCAUAUAUUUCCUGAUCCUGUGGUCCGUAAGCGUUCAUCGUAGAACUGGUAAGGGUUCGCUCAGUCAAAACAGCUCUUGGUGCUGCACGGUGUGUAACUGUUCAAGAGCAAAUCAACGGGGUUUGUGUUAACAGGCCACGGUGUUGCUCUGAGCAUCUUCUCCGUGCCAGAUGUGUGUGCAAUAUGUGCAAGUGACAGCUGUGUUUUACCCCGGGAGCUGGAGCAGAGCUGACGUCACUACAACGUCCCGCAGGUACGAGAUGCGGUGGGCGCGCGCCGCGUGCCAGCUCCUUUGCGUGGUUGCAGUGCUCCAACGUGACAGCAAGGAGGGAGCCUGGCGCUUGGUGUCACUGUACGCUCUCCUUUAAGACACUGGUGUGAAAGACGAUUUGUGUCUCAAUUUUUGUUGUAAAUGACCCUGAAGUUUAAGUUAAUCCAAAGAAGUAAAAGGUAACUUGCUUUUGAAAUAAGAGUGAAAAGUGUACAGUAUGCUACUCGUGGACUUCUCAAUUACCUCAGCAGGUAUCCUGCCAUGUAAUUACUAGUGAUUAGUGAUAAUGUAACCAGCUGAAUAGGUUCAGGUCUUUUAUUUAACUGUGCCCUAGAAUUAAGUGGCCUAUAGCAUAAUCAGGCAGAGUUACUAUCCAAAACAAAGAUGUUCCUCAAACUUUUGAAAACAGAAAUGCUCUGUUAAAUGGAGAGGGGUUUGUGUGUGGAAUGUCGCCCUCGCUAUGGCUUGUGACACUUGGCUGUGUCGGCACACUGCACGCUGGAUCACUGAAAUGUUUUAUAAACGUUUCUGCAAGCCACUGGAACAGAAGUCCUUAACGUUAGCCAAGACUUAGUGUUCUCUUGUAUAACCUAGUUCAUCGGCUGACCUCUAAACGUUUAGGUCAUGGCAACAGCAUUUAAGCUACGUGUAUGAUGUACUGGAAGUUGGCUUUUUCUUGCUUUUCUUACUCUCUUCCUUGGAAAAAGCAAUAAAACUGCUUUGUCUGUUGCCUACUAGUACGACAGGAGUCCUUUCCUUUGGAUAGUGAUUUUAUAGGAAAGUUUAUAUGCAUAUCACCAAGUCUAGCUUUUAAAAACAAAGUGUGCAGGAGUUAUUGACAAUAUAGUGUGGCAUUUUAUUUUAAAAAUUGGGGAAAGUUACAUAUUUUUUUAAAAAGUAGGUGUUUGAGUAAAUAAUGGAGGUACUUUUUUAAAAAAAAAUUUAUAUGCCACAGUUUACAUAGACAUAUUUCAGAUUGAACAUAUGCAUUGUAUCUUCGAUAUGGCGAUUUAUUUUCUCAAAGUGUGUGUACAGCAACUCUUCCACCUGGUUCUUGUGUUUGCGUAUGGGGAUCCUACUUUAUAUGCUUUCUAAUGUACCUGAAUUGAGUUGGUUUUCAGAAGUUGCAGUUAAUUUGGGUAUCUUUGUUAUAGGUGAACUAUUAAAUGUAUGAAAUGCAGUUUGGGCCUUUCCUAUCAAGUGAUCUUGCAGCCGAAGGCUGCUUGCUUUGGAAUUUACUGAAUUUCUACAAGGAGAGGUACUAAACCAUUUUAUAAGUUUGACUUGCUGCAGCGUUCACUCUCAAGUGAGCUGCAUUUCAAAAGAAGCACGUGUCUGCUGCAGCCUGCGAAUGGGGUAUUUGUUAGGGUCAGAACACCAGGAAACAUGUAUAUAAGCUUAUAAAGAUUUGUGUGGUUGAAUGCCUGUUUUACAUGUGAACGUGCUUAUGGAAGGGUUAAAUUCAUGACAUUCUUCGUUUAUUUCUUGCUUCCAGUAACUGACCUGGCUCUUUUUUGCACACAGUAAAAUUUGCUCAUCUUUUAAUGAUUCUUCAAAAAAAGUGCUGUUUCUGUGGUAUUGUAUUAUCUGAAUAAUCAUAUUUAACUUUUUUUUUAGCAAGGUUACCGUUUCUAAUUGUUCUGUUCUUGUGGUUUUUGCUGGUGUGUAAUAAACAAGUUUUUCUUUACAUGGUUAUUUA